UCUCCUUGGGGCAGGUGGGGGUCGAACCUUAAGUCAGAUUUCGGACUGCUACCCAUUACUCUUAUGUCUCGGUCUGAUCAGGAAUAGCUGGCAUUCACAUUUAUUUCCAAUCAAUCUUCAACUUCUUGUUACUCUAUUUAUACCCACUUCUUCCUGCUUCUUCAAUAGCACACCUCCUCACUCUGCUUGCUUCCUGCAAUGGCUUCCAAGGCUGUGUUGUUUGUGGUUGCUUCUUUUCUUCUACUUACUGAUGCUAAGGCUUCAUAUGAAGAGUUCUCGGAGAAGGACAUCUAUUCGAAAAAACUAGUCGCUCCAUCUCCUUCUCCUGUUCCGCCAGCCAAGACUCCCAGUCCUGCACCCUCAGUCAAGAAACCAACUCCUUCCCCACCAGUGGUCAAGCCACCGACACCAGCUCCUUACCCGCCAGUGGUGAAGCCACCCACUCCUACUCCACCUGUAGUUAAGCCACCAACUCCUAUACCCCCAGUGGUAAAGCCACCGAGUCCUUCUCCACCAGUUGUCAAGCCACCAACUCCUACACCGCCAGUGGUAAAGCCACCGACUCCUACCCCGCCAGUGGUGAAGCCCCCGACUCCUACCCCGCCAGUAGUGAAGCCCCCAACUCCUACCCCGCCAGUAGUGAAGCCCCCUACUCCUACCCCACCAGUAGUGAAGCCUCCAACUCCUUAUCCACCAGUGGUCAAGCCUCCAACUCCAGUGCCACCAGUGAAACCACCGACCGGAACACCAAUGCCUCCAGUGAGGACAAAAGCAGAUUGCAUACCGCUGUGUGCAGAGAGAUGCAAAUUACAUUCGAGGAAGAAUGUAUGUGCGAGAGCUUGUGUAACUUGUUGUGACAGAUGCAAGUGUGUGCCUCCAGGAACUUAUGGAAACAGAGAGAAAUGUGGCAAGUGCUACACCAACAUGACUACCAGAGGCAACAGGCCCAAGUGUCCCUGAAAAUUCAGUAUAUGUUAGCCUAGCCAAUAUUAAAAAUUAUGUGUUGUCAUCAAUGUUUUGAAGCAGGGGAAAAGAAAAAAAGCCAAAAGGAAAAUAAGUGUUUAAUCUCUGAUCUAUUCCUUAGAAGCAGGUUUUUAUAUUAAUAGAGCAAUCAGUGUUUUGUCUCUUGUUUUGUGGAGUGUGGCCAAAUCUGUGUUUAUCUUAGCUGUUUAUUGGGUUUUCUGAUGCUGAUUGGAGAUAUUAAUAUAAGUUGUUUUGGUAAUAUGUUAAUGCAAUUUCUCUUUGUUUUUCAA